CGCCCGCUCGCCCACCCACCCCAGCCCCGGCCACCGCGGCAGCAGCGGCGGCGGGGGCAGGGUCCGCUGCGGCACCGCCGCCACCACCGGCUCCGUCACCGCUGUCAGCGGCUUCCCCCGGCGGGAGGAGAGAGCCCGGAGAGCACUUUUCCCCCGACUUUAGGAGUGUUUGUGGAUUUACAUGCCAAGCCUUCAAGAUGAUGUCCAUGAAUAGCAAACAGCCGCAUUUUGCCAUGCAUCCCACCCUACCUGAGCACAAAUACCCCACUCUACACUCCAGCUCGGAAGCAAUAAGAAGAGCAUGUCUACCAACUCCACCGCUGCAGAGCAAUAUCUUCGCCAGCCUCGAUGAGACCCUGCUGGCGCGGGCCGAGGCUCUGGCCGCCGUCGACAUCGCUGUCUCUCAGGGCAAGAGCCACCCGUUCAAGCCCGACGCCACAUACCACACCAUGAACAGUGUGCCCUGCACCUCCACCUCCACCGUGCCCCUGGCACACCACCAUCAUCACCACCACCACCAUCACCAGGCGCUGGAGCCCGGCGACCUCCUCGACCACAUCACCUCCCCGUCCCUCGCGCUCAUGCCCGGCGGCGGCGGCGGCGGAGGCGGCGGCGGCGGCGGCCACGACGGGGCGGGCGGCGGCGGCGGCGGGGCCGGCGGCGGCGGGGGCGGCGGCGGCGGCGGCGGAGGCGGCGGCGGCCUCAUCUCCACCUCGGCCCACCCGCACUCGCACAUGCACGGUCUGGGCCACCUCUCGCACCCGGCCGCCAUGAACAUGCCGUCGGGGCUGCCGCACCCGGGGCUGGUGGCCGCGCACCACGGGGCCGCGGGGCAAGUGGCCUCGGCGGCGGCGGUGGUGGGGGCGGCCGGCCUGGCCUCCAUCUGCGACUCGGACACGGACCCACGAGAGCUGGAGGCCUUCGCCGAGCGCUUCAAGCAGCGCCGCAUCAAGCUGGGGGUGACCCAGGCCGACGUGGGCUCGGCUCUGGCCAACCUGAAGAUCCCGGGGGUGGGCUCCCUCAGCCAGAGCACCAUCUGCCGCUUCGAGUCCCUCACCCUCUCCCACAACAAUAUGAUCGCCCUCAAACCCAUCCUGCAGGCCUGGCUGGAGGAGGCCGAGGGCGCCCAGCGGGAAAAAAUGAACAAGCCCGAGCUCUUCAACGGGGGCGAGAAGAAGCGCAAGCGGACUUCCAUCGCCGCCCCAGAGAAGCGCUCACUGGAGGCGUACUUCGCCGUCCAGCCCCGGCCCUCCUCCGAGAAGAUCGCCGCCAUCGCCGAGAAAUUGGACCUCAAAAAGAACGUGGUGCGGGUUUGGUUUUGCAACCAGAGACAGAAGCAGAAACGGAUGAAAUUUUCCGCCACCUAUUAGGGGCGGGCGGGA